AUGUAUAAAAAUUACUCUUUGACUUCUUUUGCAACACAAUUGACUACCAAAAGAGAAGUACACUUAAUUCAGCACCACCAAAUGACCAUAGUCAUUUCCACACUAUUAAUUAUUCUUGUAUUGACCCAAUGUGUUUAUUCAAUACCACCUGCAUGCUUCUUGAGUUGUAUUGCUGAAGUAUCAAGAACCUGUCGCCAUAGUUUACGCCACUUGUCAUGUGUUUGCAUCAGAGAAGAUCAAAUUGUUGGUUGUUUGAUUGAUAUUUGUCCCUUUGGAAACUUUAAUAGUGCUAGAGAUCAUUUCUUAGGUACUUGUUUGGAACAUGGUAAGCCAACAAUAACAAAUCCUUAUCCCCCACCAGCAGCUUGGCCACCACCAGAUUAUGAGAAAAACUUGCCCAAAAUGCAUGAGCCAGUGUAUCGACCAGAACCAACUAGGGGUCGAGUGGUUGACCCUCUGCUAGUCCCUGCUCAUGAAAUCGCCGAUCAUAACAAUCCACCGAAUUCACAACCACCACCAUCUCCACACACUCCAAAUUGGCAACCAUCACCACCAAAUGAAGCACCAGCAAAUCAUGUCCCCAAUAAAUUACCCCAGAGUCAAGCACCUCAGAACCAGGAAGAGGAAAACCUGCACUUGCCUAAACACCUUCCACUCACUGUCGACUCACCAACUCAGGCCCCUAAACCAACAUCACAAUUCAUCCCCGACUUUGGUCCUUGGUUCGAUGAGUCUGAUGACAACUUUACAGACUCGUAUGACCCGGAAAAACCAUUGGAAUGGGAGGAAAUGGAUGUCUUUGAUAAAUUUGGACGAUUUAUAGUUGUUCGCCGUCCAAUAAAUGUACCAAAGGAAUUGCGUGAUCCAUCAAAUGCGGGCAAAAAGAGACGCGUUGUCGUCAGAGGGCCAGUGGAUGGGGAUAAGCAACGUCGAAAUUCAAUUCAUGAAAGUGGAAGACUUGUUGAAAAAGCUGAUUUCGAAAAGAAAACGUCAGCGGUUGGUAGUCAUGAUGACAUCCUCGCAUCUCAAACUAUAGCUGUUUCACAGACAUUUCACCGCGAACCAUCACUGGAAGCCACAUCACUAGCUCACACUCAUAAAAACAACACUGCUCAAUCCAUAAAACCCAAACGCAAACGAACCAAGAAACUCAACCGCAAAACAUCACCCUUUUGA